GGGCCGAGGGCGGAGGAGCGGCCGAGCCGCAGCGGGGUUCGCUCCCCGAUCCGCCCGCGGGGCACGCUGGGCCGGGCGCGGCGGCGGCAGCGGCCGGGCGGGGGCGCUGCGAGGCUGCGGGGCCGCCGGCGCCAUGCCCGCCGCCGUGGUGGAGUACAAGGGAUGGAAAGAAGGCUACGGCUGCGGCUACUGCGGCGCGGCGCGGGGCAAGGUGUCCGCGGGUAUGUGGGCACAUUCGAUGACAGUUCAAGAUUACCAGGACCUCAUAGACAGAGGAUGGCGAAGAAGUGGAAAAUACGUCUACAAACCUAUCAUGAAUCAAACAUGUUGUCCUCAAUACACAAUAAGGUGCCGGGCUCUGCAUUUUCAGGCCUCCAAGUCCCACAAGAAGGUUCUGAAGAAAAUGUUGAAAUUCAUUUCCAAAGGAGAUGUUCCGAAAGUAGCGAGUGAAGAAGAGCCAAUGGAUUCCCAUAUAGAGGAUGUGGCCACGUGUGAUUUUCCAUGCAAAAGUGAGUCUCAGGUCAGUCAGUCUGACCUGACUCCCUUGGCUGUGGAUCAAACUGAGAGGGUGGAGAAUGAAGAUAAGGACUCAGGAGAAACAAAAGAAGAGGAGAAUGUGCAGAAGGUGGAAUCGGAUUCUGUUCAGAUCUCUGCAGACAAAGACACCCCAGUCCCUGCAGAGCCAUCACAUUCAGCUAAAGCUGCUCAUGCACCACCCAAGCCAGGGAAAGGGGCUGAUCUGAGCAAGCCUCUGUGUCGGAAAGCAAAGGACAUCAGGAAAGAGAGAAAGCUACAGAAGCUCCUGCAGAACCAGAUGGGCACAGUAGAAGGCUCUCAACAAGGAGAUCAAGCUUUCCUCUUGCAAAACUCUAAAUCUAAAACAAACCAGCCUAAAAACAUCGAAGACUUUGUUUUUGUCCCUCUGCCUGAUGAUGCACGACACAAAUUAGAGGUGAGGGUGGUGAGAUCAUCUCCACCAAGUUCACAGUUCAAAGCCACAUUUCAGGAGUCUUACCAGGUCUAUAAACGUUACCAGAUGGUUAUUCACAAGGACCCACCUGAUAAACCAACCAUAAAUCAGUUCACACGAUUCCUCUGUGAUUCCCCUCUGGAGGCAGAGCAUACCCCAGAUGGACCAGAAUGUGGCUAUGGCUCCUUCCACCAGCAGUACUGGCUGGAUGGGAAGAUAAUUGCUGUUGGUGUCAUUGAUAUCCUGCCCUACUGUGUGUCCUCAGUCUAUCUCUACUACGACCCAGACUUUUCUUUCUUAUCUUUGGGAGUCUACUCUGCAUUACGGGAAAUUGCUUUUACCAGACAGCUUUGUGUAAAAGCUCCUGAUCUCUGUUUUUAUUAUAUGGGUUUCUACAUCCAUUCAUGCCCCAAAAUGAGAUACAAGGGUCAGUACAAGCCCUCUGACCUGCUGUGCCCAGAGACCUACGUGUGGACACCCAUUGAGCAGUGCCUGCCCCUGCUCGAGCACUCCAAGUACUCCCGCUUCAACCAGGAUGGAAAAGCAGUCGAUGAAGGUCGUCUGAAGGAGCUGGGCAGGGUGAGGGUGCUGCACAAGAGAACCGUGAUGCCUUACAGCGUGUACAAGAAGAGGAGGAAGGGGCCCAGUGACGAGGCCAGCGUCCAGCAAUAUGCAAGCCUGGUGGGACAGACCUGUUCAGAGAGAAUGCUGCUGUUCAGGAGCUGAAACCCCACGAGAUGGCAUUUCACUGGCUCUACAUUUCAUUGCACUGCCACUGGGUGAUCUGUACCAUAGUCGUGUGCUGGUGUGCCCACUCAGACAGGCUGGAACAGAUGUAUAGCCAGGCUUGUGUCAAUACAUGGUACUGUGUGCAAAGGCCAACUCCAAUAAAUCUUACAGUACAGCAAG